GGGCAAGUGUUAAUCAAUCAGACCACAUAAAACCUUGCUUCCAAUCAAUAACAAUGGCGCCUAAAGUUUGGAGGAUCAAGAAAACCGUUAUUGCAUCCGAUCACCAGCCUACCGCAUCAGAUCACAAGCCUACCAGUGACCACAAUGACAAAAAAGAAGCCGGAAUCAAGGCCGUGGUUGCUGCUUCCGGCGACAGUAAUAACACCGAAGAACAAAAAGAGGAACCAGAAACCGCAAUCGAUUUAGGCGUUUCGAUGGAUCGACUUAACCUCGGUUCCGAGAAGAACAAGAAGAAGAAACUCCUUGUGCUUCCUCUUCGUGGAAUCCUUGUUUACCGAGCACAUCGUAGCCGGCCGGAGACCAUUCCGAGAAACCGCCGGCCUGAUUUCUGUUACGGCAGCUUUCUCGUUUACAAGAGGCCUUAUUGUCUAGGGUUUUUGAAGUUUUGCUUUCAAAGAUUUAAUGUUGGAUUGUGGUCUUCUGCUAGAGAACAUAACUUGCAAGGAAUUCUGACUAAUGUCAUGGGAAAUCUCAAAAAAAAGUUAUUGUUCACUUGGGAUCAAGAACAUGGCACAGAUUCAGGUUUCAAGUGUCUGGAAAACCGAGACAAGCCAUUGUUCUUUAAAGAACUUAAUCAUUUAUGGGAGAAAAAGUACCCGAAUCUUCCGUGGAGUGAUGGAGAAUACUCCGCUUCUAACACGCUCUUGAUCACAGAUCCUGAGAAGUCCCUCUUAAAUCCUCCAAACACAGCAAUCUUCCCUCGGAAUUAUGAUCCUGAAAACCGGAAAGAUGAUUUUCUAGGUCCGAAAGGUGAAUUACGAGUGUUCUUGGAAGGGCUUGCAGAAGCCGAAGAUGUGCAAACCUAUGUGGAAGAACACCCGAUCGGGGACCCUGAGAUUACGCCUUCGCAUCCUGACUGGGACCAUUAUUGCAAGAUAAUUUGUUGUGUUAACAAGAUAAGAUUUGGUGAUCCAACACCAAAACUAAUCUGAUUCAUUCAGACGAAGAGGAGUGUUUAUUACAUGAUUUGUUUACUUGUUAUCUUUUUAAUUGGGCUCAGAAUUUUGGUUUUUAUAGUACAGGGAAAUUUUGCUUCUAACUUUGGAUGCAUAAGUGACACAAAGUUGAAGAUUAUAAGUGAUUGUAAUGA